AUGAGCACUCUUCAAUAUAUCCCAGAUGCAUGGAACUACAAGGGUCGCCCAGCAGAGAGGUCCAGAACCGGUGGUUGGACUUCUGCUGCCAUGAUUUUAGGAGUAGAAGCAUGUGAACGGUUAACGACAAUGGGCAUUGCCGUAAAUUUGGUGACAUAUUUGACGGGUACCAUGCAUUUGGGCAAUGCUUCCUCUGCCAACACAGUCACCAACUUCUUGGGAACCUCCUUUAUGCUCUGUUUGCUGGGUGGUUUUGUAGCUGACACUUUUAUUGGAAGAUACCUCACUGUGGCCAUCUUUGUAACCGUUCAAGCAACUGGUGUUACAAUCUUGACAAUAUCAACAAUAAUUCCAAGCCUACAUCCUCCAAAAUGCACAAGAGAUUGUGUACCUGCAAGCAACACGCAGCUAAUGGUGCUUUAUAUAGCUCUUUAUGUGACAGCACUUGGUAUUGGUGGUCUGAAAUCGAGUGUGUCAGGGUUUGGUUCCGAUCAGUUCGAUGAUUCAGACAAAGGAGAGAAAAAGCAGAUGAUAAAAUUCUUCAACUGGUUCUUCUUCUUCAUAAGCAUAGGGUCUCUAACCGCAGUGACGGUUCUUGUGUACAUUCAAGAUCACGUAGGCAGAGAUUGGGGUUAUGGGAUAUGUGUGGGUGCUAUUUUGGUGGGUCUUCUAGUGUUCUUAACAGGGACUAGGAGGUACCGAUUCAAGAAACUCGUGGGUAGCCCGUUAACUCAGAUUGCGGUGGUGUUUGUGGCGGCUUGGAGGAAGAGACACUUGGAAUUGCCUUCUGAUUGUUCCUUGUUGUUCAACUUGGAUGAUAUCGCUGAUGAAACUCUCAAGAAGAAGAAGCAGAUGCUGCCCCAUAGCAAGCAGUUCCGGUUCUUGGACAAGGCAGCAAUGAAGGACCCAAAAACAGAGGCAGUAGAAAGGAAAUGGUAUCUAUCAACCUUAACAGACGUGGAAGAAGUUAAAAUGGUGCUAAGAAUGUUACCCAUAUGGGCAACCAGCAUAAUGUUUUGGAGCGUGUAUGCCCAAAUGACCACAUUCUCAGUGUCACAAGCGGACACAAUGAACCGCCACAUCGGAAGCUCAUUCCAAAUCCCACCGGCAUCUCUAACCGUCUUCUUCGUCGGAAGCAUUCUCCUAACGGUGCCUAUUUACGAUCGUGUCAUCACACCCAUAGCAAGAAAAGUGCUCAACAACCCACAAGGACUAACCCCUUUACAACGCAUUGGUGUUGGGUUGGUGUUCUCAAUCCUUGCCAUGGUGGCAGCAGCACUGACCGAAACAAAGCGGUUAAGGGUGGCACAUUCACAUGGUUUAACGGAUAAUCCAAAUGCGGAUCUUCCCAUGAGUGUGUUCUGGUUGGUCCCACAAUUCUUUUUUGUGGGGUCUGGGGAGGCCUUUACGUACAUAGGACAGCUAGAUUUUUUCCUCAGAGAAUGUCCCAAAGGGAUGAAAACGAUGAGCACGGGCUUGUUUUUGAGCACACUGUCUUUGGGAUUUUUCUUUAGCUCUUUAUUGGUGACUUUAGUGCACAAAGUGACACGCCACCAUAAGCCAUGGCUCGCCGACAAUCUUAACCAGGGGAAACUCUAUUACUUCUACUGGCUCUUGGCUAUGUUGAGUGGUUUGAAUUUGGUUAUAUAUUUAUUUUGUGCUAGGUGGUACGUGUACAAGGAUAAAAGGCUUGCUCAGGAGGGCAUAGAAUUGGAGGAACCCGACACUGCUUGUCAUGCGUAG